AUGCAUGCAUUUGCCAUAAAUACAACAGAGACAAUUGUUACUGUUGAAAAAAAGAUACAAAAAGAUCCACCGCCAUUAUGUUUUGCGGAACCUGAAGACCCUACUAAAAAUAUGUUGCAUUGGAUUGGUUGGGUCGAAGGACCAGAAAACACACCUUAUGCUGAUGGCAAAUUCCGCUUGACUAUUGACUUUCCCACCGAAUUUCCGUACAAGCCACCUAUAAUCCGUUUUAUCACAUCAAUUUUCCACCCAAAUAUAAGUGAGAACGGUGAGAUCUGUUUGGAUAUACUUCACUCACAAUGGUCUCCAGCAUUAUCUGUACGUGCGCUUCUGAUAUCACUAUGUUCGCUGUUGGCAGAUCCAAAUCCAGAUCAUGGACUUAAUAAAGACGCACUAAAGCUCUAUCGAACCGAUCAGAGAAAUUAUAACGAAGCAGCGAGAAAUUGGACAAGGAGAUACGCUAUGCAAGAUAGUAAUUGA